CGAAGGAAUCUGGGAAGAAGCUGGCCCAGCAUCAAUUGGCCAGUCAGGACAGUCUCGAUUAAUAUAUAUUUAGCGUUGUGAACCUAUAUGGAGAUGCUUUUCGACUCUUGAACGCCCCGCGAAAGAAACCCCUCAAACGCGAUGAAGUGCUCGCCUUUCCUGCUCAAAGGCCAUGUCUAUCACAACAUUGAGCGACAGGUCGCCAGCAGCUUGCGCGCGACCUCAGAGCCGUUUCUACGGCCUGCAACUCGCAGCAUAGGGACGCAGAGAUGGAAGCCAUUGGGAUGCGCGAGCCGCGGCUUUGCAUCCGACGGGAAGCCCUCGAAGGAGCAGUCGAGGGAGGAUAAAUACAAGGCGCAGGCGAAGGAGCUCAACAGGAAGGGCAUGGAGGCUCAGGAAGAGGGAAGAUCACCAAAUAAUGAUGUGGAGGGAGAAGAAAAGGAGGGCAAAUCAUCAAGUACUGGCUAUCUAGAUGAUGAGAUAGGAACCGCAAAGGAGAAGCAGGCAAGGACGCCAUGGCAUAGGGCAGGACCGGAAGACCCACCAGUGAGAAAGCUGCGGAGCGCUGGUGCCAUGACCAAAGGCAAACUUCUGACAACCCCAUCCCGACUCAAGCUUAUCCUUCCCCUCACCACGCUCGACAAGAACUCCGACCGGAAAGACAUUGAGCCGCUCGCCCUCCUCGUCCACCCCCAACAACCACUCUCCUACCUCGGGCGAUUAAUCCAAUCCGAGCUCCCCAUGAUAAAAAACAAGGAGGGCCAAGACAGGAUCCCCGAAGUUUGGUUCCGCGCCGAGGACUCGGCACAAGAAGAAGAGAGCGAAGACACCAAGCACGACACCCACAAAGUAGACGACGUACAAGCAGGAGUAGAAGAAGGCACCGACGAGCACAUGGUAGACGGCAAGCUCGUCAAGACCGGUAAGAUCAACAAAGACGACCUCGAAGACUCCCUCCAAGGCGAGAACAUCGCCAAGUCCCUCCGCGGCGGUCCCGGCGAGGGCGGCAUCGAGACGUACUCCGGCCUCGGCCACGACCAGCCCAGUGCAGCGGAGAAGAAGCGCAAGUUCGUGCGCUGGUCGACUAGCACUGAGAUUGGGGACUUCAUCCGCGACGCGGCGCGUGGGAAGGAGUUCGCGGUUGAGAUUGAGGGGAGUCGUGAGGGGGAGAUCCGCGUGGGCGUGCCUAGUUUCGCGGACCGGACGCAUUACCUGCGUGUGAGGCUGCGGAAGCUGGCGAGGAGGCUGGAUGGAAUGGCGAAGAUCAAGAAGGAGUGUGAUGACCUAGCACAUCGUAGCGCGCAGCGAUUGGCGAUGGGAGGGUUUGGUAUCCUUGUCGCGUGGUGGGCGUCGAUUUACCAUUUUACGUUUCAGACGGACUAUGGGUGGGAUACUAUGGAGCCGAUUACCUACCUAGCUGGACUCUCGACGAUCAUGAUAGGUUACCUCUACUUCCUCUGGCAUAACCGCGAGGUGUCGUACCGGUCGGCGCUGCACGCUACGGUUUCGCACCAGCAGAACCGACUGUAUACCGCACGCGGCUUCGAUAUCGGGACAUGGGAGUCGCUGGUAGAGGAGGCGAACUCGCUGCGGAAGGAGGUCAAGAAGGUGGCCGAGGAGUAUGAUGUUGAAUGGAACGAGAUGCAGGACGAGGCGAGCGAGAUCGUGCAUGAGGCGUUGAGGAAGGAGAGGAAGAAGAAAGAGAGGGCGAGAGACGAUGAUGAGGAUGAGGAAGAUGAUGACUCAAAGGGGAAGGGGAGUAAAAAGGAUUGAUAGACAGGCGGGUAUACAUCUGAACCUGGUGGUUGUACAUUCACAUAGACACAGCACCAUUUGACACCGUUUUAGCGAGCAUAAAGAAUACAAUUGGAUAUACUUUUAAC